GUCCACUUACUCUUGCGGAGCAAGGUAUAUAGGUCAUAGCCAACGCUUGCUUUCAACUCGGAUAUGAUGACAUGUCCCGAUAUGGUUCUACAACGGUGUAAUAAAAGCAGUUACAAGUUCCAUUCUUGAACAUUUAAUCGACCCUAAUCAAUCCACAGGUUCAUUGCAAGGUUGUUUUUACAAUCCGUGAAAAAGUACCUAGAUUUCUUUGUACCCAACUCCUUAAAACAACAUAAACUAUUGUUAUCUAUGAGUUGAAGCCAGAACUGUGUGUACGAAUGAAGCUCUCACAAACUGUAAUUGCAUUGUAAAUACUAUAAUCUAUUAUCUCUUUAUUCAUUUUGUGGACGCUAAAACUAUUUUCUUCCUAAUGCUGAACUGAAUGGGUGCAGAACAAAGUGUUAGUCAGCAGAAGUCACAUAAUUUCACAAGAUAUUCGCAGCUAAAUUCUUUCCAGUCAACAAAAGGAUCUGGUCGUUCUUCAUCUCUACCUUCUUCGCCUCAAUAUGAUUGGCAUCGUUCAUCAUUACCAGGACUUGCUAGUACUUCGUAUUUGAACAACACUAACAACAGUCGCAAUUAUGGUAGCUUGCAAACUCCUUCUAAGCAAAAACAGCAACAACGAGGUUCUGUAUCUAGUCUGCCAAAAGAUACUCUUGCUUCAUCAUCAACUGAGCUGGGUUUAGAUAUAUGUCAAAGAUCUUCUUCGAAUAAAUCGUUAACCUACUCCUCAUUUGACAAGUUAUCCUCAACAACUAAUCGCAGACCAGCUGAGGCCGGUAUUCUGAUAGUCAAUCGCGGUCGACAAACUUCAAGUCAUUAUGAUUUAAGUGGUAGUAAAGAUGGUUGCAGCAAUGAUACCAACAAUCAUUCGGAAUUAGGUCGAGUUAUGUUGAAAAAACUUCAACGGAUUCCUACGUUUGAACCACUUUUAUCUACUAUGAAAGUACAGCAUCAUUCGUCAAUGGUAGCAACAAUAGCGAAUCAACCAUAUGCAUCAACUUCUCAAUCAAUUCCAUCCUUGUCGUCGUCAACGUCAACAUCAUUUAAAAAAAAGCAAUUUAUUCCAAAUAUUCCAGAGUUUGAUUUUGAAGAGUUGGUGAAAAUGUCAUCAAUUUAUGAACAAUAUUUGCAUAAAUAUACUACUGAAUUGUCACAAAAACAAUCUGAUCUUAUCAUUAUACAAAAUAAAAUUGAUCGAGAUAUUACACAACUUGUUGAUACACUUCAAGCACGUGAAAAAGGCAUCAGCAUUUCUCAACAUUCCAUUAGUUCAAUAUUUCAAAGUCCUUUCAAUAGUCCAAAAAAAGUUAAUACAACUAUUAGUUCAAUAAAUGACUCUUUAAAAUUAUCCGGAUCACAACAGAUUGAAAGUAUUGUUUUAUUAACUAGUCAAAUUUCAUGUUUAUUAACACAAUGUGAUGAAUUAAGUAAACAAUUAAUGAAUUCAAUAAAUAAUUUAAAUGAAUUAUUACCUGAAUAGGAUGUAAUUAAGUUUUAAUUGAGUAGAAUAUUUAUACAUAACCAAAUAAUUAUUCAUUCUCUGAAGUAGUAGUAGCUUACACUGAAUCACGAAACGUCAGAAAAUUUAAUUUUUCUACUCAUUGAGAUAGUACAAAUAUAUUACUAUUUAUUUAUAACAAUCUAUCCAAUGCUCAAUUUAUUCAAAAUUAUCAAAUCAAAACUUGGUAAUGAUAUCUAUAAACUUGUAAAUAAUUUACUUUCCUUAUAUGAUUAUCUCGUUUGAUAAUAAUAAUGAUUCUUUUCAACUGAUUUCUAUAA